CCCGACUACAGGCGGAGGAGCCAGGAACAUGGCUGGUGUUUGUGUCCGUGUGUGAGAGUGUUUCUCUGGGUGUAAUGCAGCUGAACAGACCCGACACAGACUGCGGUAAGUUCGUCGGUACAUCGGGGGUCCGUCCAUCGGUGUGACCGCCUGUGAGCUCGGAGCAGAGGCGGGGAUGGAGCGGAGCGAGGAGGACGAGAAUGAGAGCAGCUCGUCCCAACAACACAACACGAUGUGGAAACAGUUUCAAGCCAAAGCCAAGCCGCUGCUCAGCCCCAAGCUGGGCUCCAGAGAGCCGGAGGAGAAGAAGGAGAGAGGCAUGUGGAUGUUCAAGAAGAUGAAGCGGAAGGAACACGUCGUCCUGGACCGGGUGAUCUCCUCCUCUCAGCCCGACCUGCUCUUCUCCUCUCAGGUGGAUGGAGACGCCAAGGAGGCUCAGGUCUGCGGCAAACCGCCCGGAGGCGGCUCCGGGCUCGGCCGGGAGAAGCUGCCGUCCUCCUCCAAGAAGCCCACGGUGGCUUACCUGGUGCAGUCCCACCACAAGAGCUCCUCGCUCGGGUCAGCGGGGUUGGAGAGGUUGGAGAGGCUGGCCGAGCCACCGGGCGGCAGCAGCGGCUGCAGCGGAGGAGGAGAGGCGGCAACAGCUGCAGCAGCGGCGGAGACACAGCUGGAGGAACAGCCGGGUAUGGGUGCUCCGUGCUCCUCUGGGGUCACAUCUGAGCGAGCCAUCCCCAGCCCAGGCAUGUACAAGCUGGAGAUUGAGCUGAAGAGAGGACACAAUCUGGCCGUCAGGGACAGAGGAGGCAGCAGUGAUCCUUAUGUGAAGUUCAAGCUCGCAGGUAAAGAGGUGUUCAGAAGCAAAAUCAUCCACAAAAACCUCAACCCAGUGUGGGAUGAGAAAACCACUUUGAUAAUGGAUUGUCUGAGCGACCCUUUGUAUAUAAAGGUGUUUGACUACGACUUCGGCCUUCAGGAUGACUUCAUGGGCUCUGCUUACCUCUACCUGGACUCUCUAGAGCAGCAGAGGACGAUACCUGUGACUCUGGUGCUGAAGGACCCUCAGCACCCUGACCAGGACCUGGGCUCUCUGGAGCUGGCUGUCACCCUGACACCUAAAGAAAGUCCCAUAGAGGAGCGGCGAGGCUCAACGCUGAGCGAGGUUAGGACGUAUCGCUGGAAGCCGUAUGUGAAUAAAACUAUGCUGCUCAGGAGGUCCUGGAAACGAUCCACUAAGCAGCAGCAGUCAAUGCGUCUCUCAGAGCUUCACCGGAAAUCACAGCUGUGGAGAGGGAUUGUCAGCAUCGCGCUGAUCGAAGGCCGGGACCUGAUCCCCAUGGACCCCAAUGGUCUGAGCGACCCGUACGUCAAGUUCAGACUGGGACCCCAGAAGUACAGGAGCAAGACGGUGCCAAAGACUCUGAGUCCACAGUGGAGGGAGCAGUUUGACCUUCACCUGUAUGAAGAGACCGGAGGAGUGUUGGAGAUCACAGUGUGGGACAGAGACACCGGGAGGAGAGACGACUUCAUUGGACGCUGCCAGUUGGACCUCUCCAAUCUGUCCAAGGAACAAACUCAUCGCUUGGAGCUGCAGCUGGAAGAGUCCAGGGGCAGCUUGGUGCUGCUGGUCACGCUGACUGCCUCUGCUCACGUCUCAAUUGCCGAUUUGUCCGUCACACCGCUGGAUGACCCGCAGGAGCGAAGGGAGAUACUCAAACGAUACGGUGUUUUAAAGUCAUUCUCUAAUUUGAAAGACGUGGGCAUCGUGCAGGUGAAGGUGAUGAGAGCGGAAGGACUCAUGGCUGCAGACGUAACCGGUAAGAGUGACCCAUUCUGUGUGUUGGAGCUGAAUAACGACCGACUACAGACUCAUACUGUUUACAAGAACCUGAAUCCAGAGUGGAACAAAGCCUUCACCUUUAACGUCAAAGACAUUCACUCGGUGUUGGAGGUGACGGUGUUUGACGAGGACAGAGACAGGAGUGCUGACUUCCUGGGAAAAGUGGCCAUCCCCUUAUUACAUAUCCGUAACGGUGAGCAGAAGAGCUACGUGCUGAAAAAUAAGGAGCUGACAGGACCAACUAAAGGAGUCAUUUACCUGGAGAUUGAUGUCAUCUUCAACACUGUUAAAGCUGCUUUGAGAACGGUCGUCCCCGCAGAGCAGAAAUACAUCGAGGAAGAACCUAAAGUCUCCAAGCAUUUGCUGCAGCAGAACUUUAACCGUGUGAAGAGGUGCAUCAUGGUCCUGAUAAGCUACGGGACGUACAUCAACAGCUGCUUUGAGUGGGAGUCUGCACAGAGGAGCAUCAUCUCCUUUGUGCUGUUUGUGGUGGUUGUGUGGAACUUUGAGCUCUACAUGUUGCCGCUGGCUCUGCUGCUGCUGCUCGUCUGGAACUACUUCUUCUCCUCGAGCAGAGACACAACAGACAUGUCCAUGGAGGCCAUGUUUGAAUGGGAAGAUGACGAAGAGGAUAAAGAGGACAAGGAGUCAGAGCACAAGGGCUUCAUAGAUAAACUGUACGCCAUCCAGGACGUGUUCAUCAGUGUUCAGAGCGCUCUGGAUGAGGUGGCGUCAUAUGGAGAGAGGAUAAAGAACACCGUUAACUGGACAGUGCCUUUUCUGAGCUGGUUGGCGAUCGCUGCCUUAUGUUUGGCCACAGUUCUUCUCUACCUCAUUCCUCUUCGAUACCUUGUGUUGGCAUGGGGUGUGAAUAAGUUUACCAAGAAGCUGCGUGAUCCGUACAUGAUCGACAACAACGAGCUUCUGGACUUCCUGUCCAGAGUUCCAUCUGAUGUUCAAGUGAUGCAUUACCGUGAGCUGAAGGUGGACCCCGGACAAAGUCCCAGCAAACGCCGGAGGACAAACCUGAGCUAGCCGCCGCUCAUCAUCGACCCUCUCUCCUGUAAACACUGUAAACUACGUUAUUUAUAUAUUUUCUGUAUCUUUGGAUUAUUAUGAAAAGUUGUAACAGUUGAGUUGUUUCUGUUUUGUUACUGUGGAAAAGUUUAUUUUCUAAAUCUUGUAAAGAAAAGCUGGUAAUGUUUUUUAAUCUGUUUUAAAACACUCCACACACACACACACACAGUGUGUGUGUACGUGGUGAUACUGUAUGUUAUGAAUGUGUAUAUCACACACAGUAUGCAUGUAUGAAGGUGUGCUGAUGUUGCAUGGAAUCCUUUUUUUAUUUCUUUAAACAUUUUUGUGCUGUUUUGAGCUCGAUGUGUUUGUCAGUGUCUGAUGUUACUUUACAGAUAAAGUUGCAUGUUUCCACUGUUACUCCAUGUACAACAGUAUUUAGACACACUCAGUAAAUUAUACCUCGUAUGAAACACGUCAGAUCCACGCUGCAGUUAGCAUGUCGAAUUUACGAACUGUUCCUUUAUGUGCUCGGUUAAAAAAAUAACAUCAACUGGAUUUCAGUCUGUAGGAAGCAGAUGCUGCCACGGCAACUCAAAGUGUUUACUCUUUAACAUAGUUUACUUUAAUAUUAUUUUGCAAUUAAAGGGAUAUUCCAUCUUUUUUUUUUACACAGAGUUCAGUUUAGGAGUAUCAGUCUAUCCCAUUCUCAUAAACACGAGAACGUUUGGCACAAACUUCCAUUUGAACUCAGCGAUAAACUAAUUAGAAUUUAGUGGUCAAAGGUCAAGGUCACUAUGACCUUGAAUGUGUCUCAUUUUUGUGAAUGGGAUAUCUCAAGAACACCUUGAAUUAAUUUCUUGAAAUUCGGCACAACCUACCACUUGAACUCAGCCAUAAACUGAUUAGAAUUAGGUGAUCAAAGGUCAUUAAGACCUAGCAUCCGUCUAAUAUUUGUUAACUGGAUAUCUGAAGAACACCUUGAAGGAAUUUCUUCAAAUCUGGCACAAACAUCCACUUAAACUCAGCGAUGAACUGAUCAGAAUUCAAUGGUUAAGGGUCAAAGUUACUUUGACUUUGUGUCUGUCUUACUCUCGUGAAUGCGAUAUCUCAAGAGGGUCUCUGGGGAAUUCCUCAAAUUUGGCACAAACAUCCACUUGUACUCAAUGAUGAACUGAUCAGAAUUUGGUGGUCAAAGGUCACUAUGACCUUGCAUCCGUCUAAUUUUUGUGAACAGGAUAUCUAAAGAGGGAAUUUUUUCUAUUUCGGCACACAUGUUCACUUGAACUUAACAAUGAACUGAUCAGAAUUUGGUGGUCAAGGGUCAAGGUCACUUUGACUAUACAGUACAGGCCAAAA